GGACAGUGUUUACUUUCACUUUACUUUACUCUAGUGUUUCUGUUUUGAGUUCCUCUCUUUCACAAUGGGACUGGUCACAUCGACUCAAGUUCAGCCUCACAUCAGACAUGCUGCUGCAGCACCAUGGCAACCAGAGGACGACGAGGUUGGAAUUAUAAGAGGCUCAUUAUUACAACUGCAGGUUGACUUAGAACAUGUCAUUGAAUUCAGUUGCAUCUGAUACGGUUUUGAAAUGAGGAAAUAACGAACAAACUCCCUGUUUCAAUCUAUAACAGCUAGAGGGGGAGAGAGAUGGGAGGGAGGUAGGAGGAGAAAAAGGUCUGGAAGUAGAAAUGGGCAACAGGGAGUAGGAAUGUGAAGCAUUUCUGCUCCUGCUACAGUGACUGUUUACACGGCGGUCAGCCUGUGACAUCACAGCAGAGACUCGAUAAAUGUCAGCCAUGCAGAGGAAUGAGCAGUCAGCAAACAGCAAGCAGCACUGGUAGCUAGCUAGCACCACUACCAUCACACUUAAGAGGUUAGACAGACAGACAAACAGAGCAGUUCAAUCAACCUACAGACGUUCCAAUGGACAUUUCAAGACAACUCAGUGACAAUGUGAUAGCCUUGGCUUUGCUGCUCUGUAUGGGUUCACUGCAGGUGUGGUGUCAGCUGUGCCCGGGACCAUGCCAGUGCCCCAACCCCGUGCCCCAGUGCCCAGCAGGAGUCCCUCUGGUCCUGGACGGCUGCCAGUGCUGCCAGGUGUGUGCCCGGCAACAGGGCGAGGCCUGCAGCGACCUGUAUGUGUGUGACAGCCAGAGAGGACUGCAGUGUGACUACAGCGCCAGCUUCCCCGGUGACCCUGGAGAGUGUGUCAGUCAGGAGGAGUUGGGCUGUGAGCUGAACGGGGUCUCCUAUCAGGAUGGCCAGGUAUUCCAGCCCUCCUGUGCCACUCAGUGCCGCUGCCUGGGGGGAGGGUUGACAUGCGUGCCCCUGUGCCCUGAGGACGUCAAUCUUCCAAACCCAGACUGCCCACACCCCCAAAGGGUACAGCUGCCUGGGAGGUGCUGCAAGGAGUGGGUCUGUGAGAACAUGGACAACACAGUCGUUCAGGAUGCCAUCACAGCCUCCAGUUUGUGGCCAGGCCUGUCGGGUCCCUCUAACUGUAUAGACCAGAGUACAGAGUGGAGUGCAUGUUCCCAAACCUGUGGCGCUGGGGUCUCCACUCGGGUCUCCAACAAGAACCCAGCCUGUCGGCUCGAGAUGCAGAGCCGUCUUUGUAAGGUCCGGCCCUGUCAGGCACUCCAGCCACACAGGAACACCAUGUGGGCCCGGCAUUGUGAGCCCAGCUACAGGUCAGUGGUGCCAGUGAGACUGGUGCACCAGGGCUGCUACAGCACACGGGUCUACCGGCCCCGGUACUGCGGCCAGUGCACCGACGCCCGCUGCUGUACCCCCUACCAGAUCAGCACGGCCAUGGUGGCCUUCCGUUGCCCCACCGGCAGGCGUCUUCACCGGGCAGUCAUGAUGAUCCAGUCCUGUGUCUGUCACUACAACUGCCCCUACUCCGCUACAGGACCCUAUGCAGCUGCACCCUACUCAGGCUCCGCACGCUCUCACCGGAGCCCUGCCGUGUGGGGGUAGACUUGACGUUCGAGUCAAUCCUCUGGGCCCUAUGCCUCCUUGAGAACCUGGAGCGUCCACUAUGGCUCUCCACCUCCUAUCCUACCCCUCUCCAUGUACUGACACGCUCAUACUGAGACCUGUCCAGACAGGACCUGCGAGCAACACCUUUGCUGUGUUCCAAUGUCCAUACAAGUGCACUCCUUCUAAGUGGUAUACCAGUAUGAUUAUUUGAACGGAGCCUCUGUCUAUCAUGGCUUGAUCCGGCAGGUGUAGCCCACUUCAUAGGAUAGAUAGGGGAAGUGAAAAGAUCUUCCAGGUGAUAAACUGUGACUGAGUCGGGGGAAGGAAGCCCUGAUAUGAAUGGACAAGCUCCGUCUGCACUAAGACCUCCCACUCUAUUCCACUCUUAUCACAUCUCAUAAGGUGACCUCAUGGGGAAAAGAAUAGGUCAGGGAACCCUAGUUAGCUACCCUGACCACAGAUAUUAGCCUGGUUUCUCUCCACAACAGAGUCAUUGUCAAGCCAAACAUUAGGCAUGGCAAUUCCACAAGGAGUUGGCAAGAGUGCAGAAAAAUACUAGCCUCUAUCUAGCAUAUGUAAGUUAAAUACUGUAACACAACAAAUGCAUUUAUGACUAAUUGACCAACUGUAGUCUUAUGCUGUAUGUAGAAGACCAGAUGACAGUCAUUUGUUGUCUUUCUUGACUCCUUUUAGGCCCCAGAUUUUCUCCUGACCACUUGACCUGACUUAGUUGAGUGGAUAAGACUCAAGUGUUGUUACUUUGAUUUGAGUGCAUUUAUUUUGCAGAGUGACACCAACCUUUGAGUUGAUAUUUACUGCAUCUUGACAUGCAAAUGCCAUCUGUUAUAUCAGUUUGUUUGUUUGUUUGUUUAUAAAUGUGUCUAUUUUGUGUUCUUAGUCAGAUGAAAUUGCACUUAUUUCCAAUGUUGCUGUAAAUAUAAACUAUUCGAAUGCUUUUUGAAAUAUUGUACAAUUGUAUCACUGAUUUUAUACUUUGUCCAAACUGUUUUCCAUUCACAAUGCCUUUUUAUGUAAAGCUUGAGCUCCUUUGUAUAUUGCAUAUUAUUCAUUAAUGAUAUUACUACAUUGAGAUUCGAUUUGUGAUGUAACUUUCCCUUAAAACUCCUUAUGACUUAUUAGUGAUUUGGGUGCUGAUAUUUGAUAGCUUUCAACAUCCACAAUAUACGCCGUAGCUUUCAGAAA